AUGAGUGUCAUCGGGCUCAACUUUGACUUCCUAGUGUUCAGCCUCACCAAGCACACGGCUGUGAUCGGGCUCAACUUUGACUUCCUGGUGUUCAACCUCACCAAGCACACGGCAUACCUAAUCUUCAACGCAUCCGUGUUCUUCUCGCCGCUCGUGCAGCAGCAGUACCACGCCAAGUACGGCGCAGAGGAGCUCAUUCCGGUGUCAGCCAGUGACGUGGCAUUCUCAGUGCAUGCCGUCGCCCUCACUGCCUUCACUGUGUGGCAGUGCAUGGUGUACAAUAGGGGAGGGCAGCGGGUGUCAUGGACGUGCAAGGCCAUCUCGCUGGGAGUGUGGAUCUUCGCUCUCCUCACCUCGCUGCACUCCUCCUUCCACCAUGACUGGCUCGGCCUCGUCACCACCUUCAACUACAUUCAGGUGGUCAUGACCACCAUCAAGUACAUUCCCCAGGCGUGGUUCAACUGGCAGCGGCGCAGCACGGUGGGGUGGAGCAUCAGCAACGUGCUCAUGGACCUGACAGGCGGCACUGCGUCGCUGCUCAUGAUGUUUGUGCAGUCCAUCGAUCAGAGCUCAUUCGUCAACUUCACCGGCAACGUGGGCAAGCUCGCACUCUCAGGGGAAACAAUAGCCUUUGACAUCAUCUUUGCAGUGCAGCACUACGUCCUGUUCCCGCACGCUCCUCUCCCCCUCUCCACCACCUCUGCCCUCUCCGCCCACCCAUCCACACUCGUGUCUACGCUCCGCGAUGAGGAGGAGGGGGAGAAGGAGGGCAAGGGGAAGGGGGAGGAGGAGCAGCCGCCUGCAGACGAAUUCACCCGCCUCCUGCCAUCGCGACGGUCGGGUGGCUUAUUCUGA